UUCCAGUGCAGGAGCUUCCUGCGAAAGCCCGCGUCCCGAAGAACACAACGUCUCAGAACAUGUGGAUGGAUAUAUACAAUGGAUAGAAGUGCACAUAGCAUUUGCUACAACCUCCUCAAACAGCUUCCAUGGAAUUCCAAUCCCUUUCCAUUCCCCUCCUCUUCACUUUCCUCCUCUUCUUGAUCAUGAUCAAGAAAGGAAAGUGGCCCACCACCCAAAUUCCCAAACUUCCCCCUGGCCCACCGAAGCUUCCGAUCAUAGGCAACAUCCAUAACCUAUUAAAACCACUACCCCACCGUACCCUCAGGGACUUAGCCCUAAAAUAUGGGCCCCUCAUGCACCUAAGACUGGGCCACAUCUCCACCAUUGUGAUCACUUCCCCAAGACUUGCAAAAGAGGUGAUGGUGACACAAGAUCCCAACUUCGCGGAGCGGCCCGCCAUUCUAACGGUGGAGAUCACAGCCUAUGAAUGCAGCAACGUGAGCUUCUCUCCCUACGGUGAUUACUGGAGACAGCUACGGAAGAUUUGCAUGCUCGAGCUCUUCAGUGCAAAGCGUGUUGAAUCUUUCCAAUCCAUCAGAGAAGAAGAAGCAUUGAGCCUUGUUCAGUCCAUUUACGCCUCUUCGAAUUGUAUGGUAAAUCUCUCUGAGAUGCUUGUAAAUGCUGCGAACAAUGUCAUUGUGAGGGCUACCAUUGGUAAGAGAUGCAAGAACAGAGAGAGUUUCAUUGCCAUGUUGAAGGAAGGUGUUAAAACGGCUGCGGGUUUGGACGUGUCUGAUUUCUACCCUUCCUUGAGAUUUAUUUCAUUGAUUACCGGAUUGAGAUUCCGGUUAAAGAGGAUUCGCGGCAAGUAUGAUGAGAUCUUUGGUAGCAUCAUUGAAGAACAUAAGGAGAAAAGCACGACAGCCAUGAUGAGUGGGGACAGAUUGGACGAUGAGGAUUUGGUUGAUGUUUUACUAAGACUUCAACAGCAUGGGAACCUUGAAUUUCCGCUAACUACUGACAACAUAAAAGCUGUCCUCUUGGAUAUGUUCGCGGCGGGAACCGAAACCUCCUCUACCACCUUGGUGUGGGCCAUGGCUGAAAUGAUGAAAAACCCUAAGGUAAUGGAGAAGGCUCAGGCUGAGGUGAGACAGUUAUUCGAAGGUAAAACAAAGAUAGAUGAGAGAGAGACAACCAAACUCUACUACUUGAAAUUGGUAAUCAAGGAGACUCUAAGAUUACACCCUCCUCUCUCACUAAUCCCAAGAGAAUGUAGGGAUAGAUGCCAGAUUGACGGCUAUGAUAUACCUGCCAAGACAAGAGUCAUUGUCAACGUGUGGGCCCUGGGAAGGGACCCACAACAAUGGGAUGAUCCUGAGAGCUUCAAGCCUGAGAGAUUUGAUGGUAGCUCACUUGAUUACAAGGGGACCCACUUUGAGUUUUUGCCUUUUGGUGCUGGUAGGAGGAUGUGUGUUGGGAUGAACUUUGGAAUAGCCAAUGUGGUACUCCCCCUGGCCCAUCUCCUCUACCACUUUGACUGGAAACUCCCCGAUGGAAUGAAAGGUGAGGAUCUGGACUUGACUGAAUCCUUUGGGAUCACAAUAGCUAGAAAAUACAACCUACGUUUGGUUCCCAUCCCUUGUUUUCCUUUGCCUGGUGAGGGCCCUAAUUCAUCAGGUGGGGCCUGAGUUUCUGCAAUUGAGAUCAUUGAUCUGACGUGUCCCAACAUAGAUGGGGGACACGCCCAAAAUCUCAUAUGUUGGAUUGUUCUAACCUUCAGAUCAGUGUACCUCAAUAGGUGAUUGAGAAAAUUAUAUCAAUGGUCCAGAAUUUAAAAAGAAAAAUGAAAGAGGACAAAAUGUUCCAGCAGGGAUCUUACAUUUUUUAAGUUGUUUGGGCCACCACCCAUCCAUGAUGUGGCUGACCACAUCAACGGUCUGGAUCGAUGAAUCAUAAUUCCCAGUGGCACAUAUUGGGUUCAUCUGGACACUACUAUGUUCAUGUGUUGUAGCAGUACCGGUUACACCUUGUAAAUUUUCUUCAGCCUAGUUGGGCUUGUUAAUGAAAUAAAGGUUAGACAACCAACGAAGAAAAAUUCAAGUCGUUUCACA